CCGCAAUCAAACAGAACUCCAUGCUCCAGGACACGUAGCCAACGACAUUCACAUCUCUAGCUUUCAAAAUACCGAACCAAGGACGAAAACAAGAACACGACUUUGAAAACACACAAGCACAUUCCGUACGCCGAUCGAUCUUUUGUAUUGUAAAAUUCUUGAAUAAUCUCGCAAAUGGUGAAGCUAGCGUCUGCGCGAGAGAGCAGAAUGUACGGACCAAGGCUGAGUCGAAACCGAGCAGAAUACAUAAACGCAGGGCUUUAUCUGUUUGCUACCAUUGUUCUUAUUGGAGGGUUUGCGGCCGAGUUUUCAAUGGAGCCUAGAUCGGGUUUGGUUCUUGUGUUCAUAGCUUUAGCGCUCAUAAUGUUUGUCAAUCUUCAUGAUCUCGUUGCCCAUCUCGCUGGGAUCGAUUACCGGUUACCUUUGAUGGGAUAUGAUCCGCAGCUCGCACUUGUAGAGUUCGCGGUUCCUGUAGUUCAAGCCUUGGGGGCUUUGCUAUUGUUCUUGGGUAUCUUUUUUCUUUUUCUUCAGGAAGAGAAAGGAUAUGGUUACUUCAAAUUGGACAAGCACGCCCUUAACAUGCUUAUCGCUGGACCAGCUCUAUGGGUGCUUGGAUCAAUCCACAACUCGUGUCAAAUUUACGAGAGAGCUGAUGGGCAUGUCCAAAUCUUGCAAGAGAGUGUCCACAUCCCUUUUUUAAUGGGUAGCUUGUUGUUCUUUGUUGGAGCCAUGCUUAAUAGCCAAGAGCAGGCUGGGUUGGACCAUCAUGGGGUACUACUAUUGGGAAGAACCAUGGUAUGGAUGGGCAUCUUUGGGAGCAUUUUGCUGUUUAUUGGGGGAUUAACGAAUGCGGUAAAAGUGUUCAAGAUGCAGCAAAUUGAUGGACUGCGGCUGGAGAAACUGCGAGGAGGGGCUCAGGAAAGUUUGAUGCAGCAGAGAGAAGGGCAGCUACCGCUUAUUGCAGACGAACAAUGGAGGAGGCAAAGAGUAAUCGAGGAAACAAAAGCUGUACCUGUUCCUGUUCUUGUUCCUGUUACUGUUCCAACUCCUUACAAGGAUGUGCUUCUUGGUCAUACUUGAUUGCUUCACUUUAUCUACGAGCGACUACAUUAAUAUUUUUUGACUGAUUGCAUGAAGUUCCAAAUAAUGAACGGUGAAUCCAGCACUGUGGCAACUUGAAGUUUUUGUGUUAAGCUUAGAAAUUUUAUUAAUUUUUUUACUGUAAUAUUUGAAUUUGCAUAAUAUCUGAUAUGGGGAGGAUUUAACCAUUGUUUUUUUUUUUU